CCUCAAGGAACUUGCUUUAUUAAGCUAUUCCAUCUAAUUUCCACUUCCACAACACACCAAAAUCCUUACAGCACAAUGUCAUCCCUCUGGAAGAACUACUUCGGCCUGGGCGAAGUCGCCUCCUCCGGGGCCACACCGCCAAGCGAUACAGACCCGAUGGGGGCUUUGCCUACAAACUGGUACACUUCUCCCGAGGUGUGGGAACUGGAGCGCCGUGCCAUCUUUUCCCGCAAGUGGAUGUUGAUCACCCACAAGCUGCGCUUUUCCAGCACCGGUGACUACUUGGUCUAUGACAUCGCAGGAUAUCCCAUUAUCCUGGUUCGCGACAAGGAUGGCAACAUCAAUGCCUUCCACAACGUCUGCCGCCACCGUGCCUUCCCCGUCGUGACCGAGGAGAAGGGUAAAGCCAGAAUCUUCGCCUGCAAGUACCACGGCUGGUCAUAUGGCCUCAAUGGCAAACUUGCCAAGGCACCUGGCUAUCAGGAUCUUGAAGGAUUCGACAAAAGCAAGAAUGGCCUCUUCCAGAUCCAUGUCCACGUCGACAACAACGGAUUCAUCUGGGUCAACUUGGACGCUAAGGAGAAACCUGAGAUUGUGUGGGAGGACGAUUUCGACGAGAUUGACCUUCAAGUCCCGUUCCAAGGGAUCGAGUGGGAUGACUACAACUUCGACCACACCUGGGAGAUAGAGGGCGACUACAACUGGAAAGUUCUCUCUGUUGAUACCAAAGAUGGUAGUAAUAUUCACUACGCCAACUCUACGGAGGAGCAGACCGCCCGCGACGUGAAGGUUGCCAGCACUUACUAUUUCCCUAACGCGUCGAUGAAAGUUUCGUAAGUCCUUGCCACCUUCUCUGCGUGAUGCUUCUCCUCGCUAACUCCCGGAGACAGGCCCCACGGCUUCUUCAUGCAGCGAUUCGUGCCAACCUCGCCCACCAAGUGUAUGAUGCGAUAUGAGGUGUACCGCAACAAGAACUCCAGCGAUGAGGAUUUCGAGUUGAUCAACCAAAUGUACAGGCGUAUCAUGUCCGAGGAUAAGGACCUUUGUACCAACAUGCAGAAGAACCUGAACAACGGAGAGUUUGCGAAUGGCGAACUGCAACCCCGCAAGGAAAAGGGAGCCCUUUACUUCCAGGCCUUAGUGCGGGAGCUUAUCAUGAAGCACCGCAAGAAGGAAGAGGAAGCUGGUCAGAAGAUCUGGCCCACCCGCCAAAUCCUUCCGACCGCUGCUCAGACCAGCGAGGAGGACAUGACUUUCUGCAACAAGUUGGACGCCCAGAGUCAGGCUCGGGGGAUCGAUUGCUCAAUGCCCGCUGGCGGGUGCUGUGGUGGAGUGGGAUGUCAACCUAAUGAAACUCUUGUCUUUUAGAUUGCAUGUCUUGGAGUUGGUGUUUUGAGCGUAUCAUCAUGUCUUGUCUGUACUUUCAUUUCCUUUCUUUGCUUUUUCUUCGGGUUCCCUUGGGAAUAGGGUAUCAUCAUGUUUCACGACUCUCUCUUUCACAUGAGUAGCACAGCCCAUAUAGCGAUUCACUUACCAUAUCUAUACUGAUAGUUAUCAGAAUAUUAAUUUGAUAGACGAUCGUG